AGGUAGAUGUGGGGAACUGAUAUGUGACAUGGGGGUGGGUUUUCCACACUGGUGUUUGUAGAGCUGUCAUGUCUGAUAUACCCUCCUCAGUGGUGCUUGCCACAGAGACUUGGGUCACAUGGCUCCCGUUGAUGUCCAAGUUGGCCAGAGGUGAGGUGAGGUCACGUCCGUGCAGCAGGUUUGGAACCAAAGGCUGGAGCCCACACAGUACUGAUAACAGCAGUCAGGAGUCGGAGUCGGCUAAGACGGUCAGUGCGACACACACCAGGCUCAGGUCACAGGCUUACUGGCUUCCUUUCAGGUAAGCACUCAGAGAUAUCAGAACCACAGCAGAGGGACUAGAUCUCUUGAUAUCAGAACCACAGCAGAGGGACUAGAUCUCUUGAUAUCAGAACCACAGCAGAGGUUCUAGAGCUCUUGAUAUCAGAACCACAGCAGAGGGACUAAAUCUCUUGAUAUCAGAACCACAGCAGAGGGACUAGGGCUCUUGAUAUCGGAACCAAACAAGAGGUACUAGAGCUCUUGGCGUGGAAUGGAGCAAGUGAACCAGAACGUCGUGGCCAUUAAUGGAUCCUCAGAGAGGGCACCGAGAAGUGGGCAUGUGCUGGCGGAGGUGCAGAUGUGCCAGGCUAUCCUGCCGUGCCACGGCAACCACCUGGGAGAGCUGGCAACGGGGCAGCUACUGAAGUGGAUGGACACCAUCGCUUGUCUGGCAGCUGAGAGACAUGCUGGUGUGCCGUGCGUUACAGCCUCCAUGGAUGACAUCCGAUUUGAAGAGACAGUUUGGGUGGGUCAAGUCAUCAACAUCAAAGCCAGAGUAAACAGAGCAUUCAACACCAGUAUGGAGGUUGGGAUCUGCGUCUCUGUGCAGGAUGUGCAGAGUGGGGUCUUAAAGCGGGUGUGUGUGGCCUUCUCCACCUUCGUGGGGAAGCCAGUGGGAGGAAGGAAGGUACUUCUAAAGCCAGUGGACUUCCUGAACUCCGUGGAGGAGCGUCUGGAACACUCACUGGCGUCCGAGAGACGCCGCCUCCGCCUCUACAACGAGGAGGCUUUCAACAACCUCAUGGUGGACUACUACAGCCUCAGAGACAAGGGUGUGAGCAAAAGGAGAGACUCCAGUCCAACCCAGAGAAUAUCAACAGAGUGCACCCGAGUUGAGAGCAUUGAACUUGCCCUUCCUCCACAUGCCAAUCACCAUGGUAACACAUUCGGAGGACAGAUUAUGGCCUGGAUGGAGAACGCAGCUACAGUGGCGGCAAGCCGGCUAUGUGGAACAUACCCCACCCUUAAAGCUGUGGACAUGUUCCAGUUCAGAGGGCCGUCUACUGUGGGGGACAGACUGGUGUUCAAAGCAAUGGUCAACAACUGUUUCCAGACCAGUCUAGAGGUAGGGGUGCGGGUAGAGGCCUACAAUUGUGAGGAGUGGUCCAAAGGAAUAUCGCGACACAUAAACAGCGCCUUCUUCCUGUACCAGAGGACCAACAGCGAGGGUCACGUGCUGCCCUUCCCAGAGGUUCUUUUCACCACACAGGAUGGAGAGAGGAGAUAUCUGGCUGCCAUUGUGAGAAAGAGAAUUCGCAUGGCUAGAAAGCACAUCCUCUACUCCAGAGAUGAAGGACCUCUGUCUGUCCCUUGGGACAAAACUAAUCAGGUGUACUUGGGCUAUAACAAUAUAGCAGCUCUGACAGUAUUGGCAGGAAAACGGACAUGGGAAGCAAGCAGUGUCAACAAUAAGAUAGGAGUGUUUGUGCUGGAGGAGCUGGACUCCCUCUGUAUUAAGAUGGAGAUGGAGGUGAACACUACAGCCUUCCACUCCUUCUCCUUGCUCUCCGACCUCCACCUGAGGCCACUCUGGGACAAGCACUACCUGAGCUGUGAGGAGGUGGAGAAAGCUGAUGAAGAGGAGACUGUGUACCACAUCAAAUGCAGCCCCAUAAACGGAAAAAUCAUCUGUGACUUUGUGUUACUUCUGUCUCAAAGGCAACCAUGCAAAGACGAAGACCCUUACGUGAUUGGACUGCGCUCCGUAACUACGGAGAAGUUGCCCCCUGUUGAAAACUGCACUCGCAGCGAGGUCAAAUGUGCAGGAUUCAUCGUACAAAGAGCCUCCCAUUCCACCUGCAAGGUAACUUACUACAACCAGGUGACUUCUGGUGUACUACCUUUUGUGGAGGGGAACCUGGCAGGCUGGUCCAAGUCCAUGGAAGAGACGGCGAGAUCCUGCAUCUCAUUUCUCGAGCUCGACACAAUCUCAACUGCCUUUUAACAGUCCUAACAACUUCUCCUGUAAAGAACGAUUUUUGUAUAGUAUUUAUAUAUUUGCUGUUUUUCUUCUAUGGAUAUAUAGAUGUUAUUGAAUGUAAUAAUAAACGUGUUAUAUAUGUA